UAGGCGUUUCCACGCUGUGUAAAUUGCAUUGUGAGAUUUUUUUUUUUUUUUUUUAAAGAAAUCUCCUUCCAGCCCUUUAUAACCGUGUUUGUGCUAUACACAUGAGGACUGGACUACAUAUCUCUGCCUUGUGAUUGCUUGGAUGUGUGGAAAAUGUUGCACUAAUUGAGCCUAGGUCAGUUAAAGCUGAAGAGAGGUGUUUUGUGUGCUAUGCUGUAUAGAGGGGAAGUCAGCUGGGGAAAAAAAAAAAUCCAGACACCCCUCCUCUCCUCGUUGCAUUUAAAAAAACCCCACAUAAACAAAAGACAGAAGUAAAGCCCAAACUGAAACUGGACAGAACCUUGAGAUCCUCAUUACGAGUACUGAUGCUGUCAGGACUUUAGACAAAAACAAUAGCUCUGGCCUUGUAUUGUGGUGACUGGUGUGGUUUUGUGUGUCUGUUUAAAUUUAUCCAUUAGAAAAUAGCUGUGAAACAGCAAAGGAGGCUCCCUCAGAGAGCUGGCUCACUGCCACAUGAGGCAUAUUUUGUAGCCCUAAGGGCAGAAAACCCUUAUAUCAAACUUCUGCUCCUCAUAUUAAAAAGGCGUAAACAAGGCAGCAGGUUGCCUCUUAUGAGUCUAAUUCAUUGGGAUGGAGAUUAAUCAGAAGCUGAUAUUUGCUUGAAGGUGUUUCGGUUUUUGUUUGAUGAUUAAUAGUACUACUGGCUGACAGGGAAUGGGAAAUUGUUACUUUCAGUGAUGGUUACUGAGAGUUCAGGAUUGGAGGAGAAACUGUUACUUUUCACUGAGAGCACUUAAAUGCUUAACACAGGCUGCCCCUGAUGUACAGACAGGAUAUUGGUUGCGUAAAACACAAUUUGGAAAGAUUUUUCCAGAUGAGAGGGUAGGUUGGUUUGGGGUUGGUUUGUUUGUUUAUUUAUUUAUUUUUUCCCUCCGGAGAGAAAUGUGGUGUAAUAUUAUGCUAAAGUUCAAGUGCUGAAUGUUCUGUGAUGUUCCCUGUUGUUUACUUUGUUGUGAUGGGAUUGCUUACUGUGUUUCUUAUAAAGAACAUUUAAGGAUAAAAAACUGACUAUAAAGAUAUGCCGUGUAUUCAGAUGUGGAAACUAAAGUAAGUUACAGGGGAUAUAUUUCUUUUGUCACUUUCAUAUAAGCAAAUAUAAUUCAGGAAAUUACAAAUGCAUUUGGAAAUUUGAGGCUUCUAAUGCUUAUGUUUAAAUUCUUGCAAUGCAGCAGCUUCCUUUAAAGUAGAAAGUGUAAGAAGUAUAUGCAUCAUGAAAUUAGUCAUGUUGAAAAAUAAAUAAAUUCAUUUAUCUUUGCAGAAACAUAACUAUUACGUAUUUACACUGGCUUUUUCCAGCUUUACUGUAAUAAAAAUAUUUUGCACAUAUUUAUGCAUGAAUUCUGCUCUGACAUGUUAAAAUACUUUUGGCAGCCUAACAGGGUCAAUAAUUCAUGUGUCUAAAAACCAGUUGAGAUAUUUCCAUGAUAGAUUAUGAUGACUUUUCUAAAAUAGUUACAAUCUGUUGGGUCAUUAUUCCACAUUUUAAGAAGAUUCAGCUUGGUUAUUUUUUCAUUAUUUAAUUUAAAAGCAAGCCAUUAAAAACAAGAGAGAUUGAAACUUUAAUCUCCACCCCUCUAUUUAUUUCCAUCCCUCCUUAUAUUUAAAUGAAGUGUUUUCUUUAAAUUAGGUGCAACUCCUAGUAAGCAAAAUAUUUUGAUACUGACACAGCACUGAAAUAAAGUAACUAGGCUAGCAGUUUCCAGAAUGAUCCUUUUGUCCUUUCUUUUAAUACUGCAGGUGUGUUGUGUGAGUAAUUUUGUACAGAUAGUUGCUGAGUGAAGAGCCAAUCCUGCUCACCUAGUCUUAUCUCAAGUCUGAGAAGGUGCAUUCCUAAAACUUUCUAUUUAGUGCCAGAUUUCAUCCACAAAGCACCUGUUGUCUGAGUAGUAUGGUAAUUAACAUACAUACAUUUCAUUUGCAGCAUACUGAGGUUGUAGGAGUUCAUAUAUAUCAAACAGCCUUGGGACCUUAAAUAGGAAUAAAGGAGCCAAUUUUGAAAGAGGAUCCUUCUACCUCUGUGCAGUAUGUGGGCAGAGUAGGAUUUGGGUUGGUGGAAUUGGUUUCAGCUUGGUGCUUCUAUAGUUAUACUGUGACUAAUGUUUUAGAAAGCCAUAGUUAGUGUCAAAGACAAUUGUCCUUUUGUGCUUUUGAGAUGAAUAAAAUUUUUGCCUACAAAUUGCAGCUUUGUUUCUACAAGUGAUGAUAUCAUUAUAUUCCUUAUAUAGUACGGGAUAUAGUCAUACUGCCCUAGCUCCUGAAAGUAAUGGGUGUCUAGACUGAAAUGACAUCUUCUAUUUUUCUUUACAUCUGUUUUGGUAUUCAGGACAAUAUAGGGAUUUAAGAUACCUUUAUAAAGGGUUGCAAACUGAAAUCUUUGGAAAGAAGUUUUUCUUUUCUUCUUCCAUAACUAACUAUUAUUAUCAGUAUUUACUUGCAAAUGAAAAAGAACAGGUGAACAGAGAUAAGAAACUGUAUAACAUUCAGUGUGCUGACUCAUGAAUAUGUGGUUUUAGCUGCUGUAGUGGCCUGAACUGGUAAAAGAAGACUAUCUUUUUACAUUUUUCAACAUAGGAGAUAGAACUACUGUGGAGUCGGGAAGUCUGUUUGCUGUGAUACUAGGCUGAUCAUAUUUUGUUCAGAUUCAAAAAACUCUGGUUUAAAUUUAGCUGGGGUAUCACUCUCACUGCACCUCUUGAAGGCGGGGCACAGCCUCACUUUUCACGGUUUUAGAAACAGAAUUUCUGUCCUAAGUUUAUUUUCAGACAGUUUAUUCUCCUUUUUUUAAAAUUUUUUUUUUGUGUCACUGCUGACCUUAAGCAGUAAGGCUCCUUCUCCAUGUCUUUGUUCUUCAGAGUAUAGUACAGUAUAUUUUUAGAGAGCAAUUGCAGCUCCUCUCCCUCAUGAUUUCUGGGCUUAACUGGGAGAGGUUCCCAAAAGUGUGACUGGUGCUGGGAGGGGACUGGCUGUGCCCAAAAUCAUGCUACAGCAGAAACAGGGAAUCUGCAUUCAAAUCCUCUUCUGCCCAAAUUGAUCUGUUCUGCUUUCAGCUGAAAACAUGGCAAUCUGAUUUCUGGCUCUCACAUCAGCCCUAACAUUUCCACCUGAAGCCACACACGCAGCCAUGCCUUCUGGUGAAAUGGGGUUUGCUCCGUGUGGACCUUCCUUCACUCUGCCUAUCCAACCUGAAUUUCUUUGGUUGCAGGGCAACAGGAAAGAACUCUUGGAAAUUUCUUCUGCAACACUCUGGUUUUUAAACUCUCAAGAGUUUUCUACAUAUUGUCAUAGUAAUUUGUAUUCAUACCAGGGAAUGGAAUGUGAACAGGUUUGAGGCAAUACUGUAUCACAAUCUUUUAUCAGGAAUAAAUGUGAAAGUUGGCUACAGUGUUCUUUAAAAUUUUUACCUUAUUAGAGUCUUUGCAGGUUGCUUAUAUCUUAGCUCUCUAGUCUUCUAAAGCAUUGUUCUAUGGCAGUUUGUUUCUCUUUUAUAGUGUAAUUUUUCCUAUUUUCUUCCUUCUCUACAAUUUGGGUUUUAAAAGAUAAAAAGAUAAAAAAGCUUAAUAGUGUUUAAGGAUUACAAAGACUGAUAGGUCUGCCCUCAGAUGAAUGUUUUAACUUCUCUCGGUCUUAGAGGACAUGGUGCUCUGUCAAAUUCUGAAACCAAAUCCUGUAUGUUUUAAGUACUUACAGAAUAUCUGAACAGAAGGCUAAAGUUGAGUAUUUCCUGAUGAAAAAUUAUGUAAUCUGUGACACUGUCUGCAUAGUCAUCCAGUUUGUAGCUCCUUUGAACCCAGAUCCAGACUGACAGAAGAAAAUAAAAUGCUGAUUUUAAGUGGUAUAAGGAUUAAAAUGCAACAUUUUGACCUUUGUGAAGGUACCAGUCUUAUUUUUAGAUCUUUAAACAAUUACAGGAGUAAAAUGGCUUGAAGAUUAUUGUUUUGCACAUACUCACAUUAGAAUAAUUUGUACCUUUUUCCCCAUUUUUUUUCCUACUUCGAAAUGACACUCUAAUCUCUAUAAUGUACUUAAUCUUUCAAAUAAUUUAUACUGCAGCUUUGGCAGUAUUUCUGAGAAAGUUUAUUUUUGCACAAUGAAGUGUGAGUUUUCAUCUCAAUGAAUCAUCUGCCAACAAUUAAAAAAAAUAAUCAAGUAGACCUUCAAAUUGCUAAGUAAAUUUCAGGUUGCUUAGUGUGAAUAAAAUGACAUGUUUUUAUUGUUGCUGUAUUCUGGAAUAAAAAUAUAGGCAUGUAGUUGAAUAGACAGAAUCACAGAGAGAUUUUUAAAGAGGUUUUAAUGUCAUACACAAUUAACAAAAAUCUUAUGUUGAUUAUCCUUUGGGGCUUAACCAAUACUUUUGUUUAAUAACUAAGAGUUUGACUUUCUUGGUUUUGGAUUUAUACAGACCUAUGUUAUCUGCUGCCUCUUGACAAAAGCUACAGAGUUAAUAAGUUGCCUCUCUGGUACAUCACUGUGUGUCUCCUGGCUCCUCACAUCCUGGCUGGCCUGCCGGGGUGUUGGGGCUCAACCAUUAUGCAGUUGUAUUUCUGUUUCAGGAAGUUGUUUUGGUUUUGGGCUUUGUUGGUUUUGUUUUGUUUUGCUUUGUUUUUUGUUGUUUUUUUUUUUUUUUCUCUGAUGCAGUUAUGGUAGUAAGCAGAAUAAUUUCUAUCUGACAUGACUGGCAGAGAUUGGAAGAAGCAGAGGUGGGUUUCUUAUGAGUGAUGACCAAGAGUGGGUAUAAACGUGGUGGAAUAUCGAUGACACUCUCUAGACUCUUCAUUUUUUCUUUGCAUGCUCACAAGUCUUUCUCCUAAAAUACCCAAAGGUCUGAUUAAACUUGGUUUACACCAGUGGUCUUUCCCAGGUAGCCUCCUCCUGAUGGCUGUGAUUAUUGCCUCUGAGCAACCAAGUCAAGGUGGAGCUCUGGAAACAGCUCAUGUUUUCUAUAGUUGAUUUUAUGGUCCUCUGAGAACAGCUUGUAGUCCUUUGGACAGGCAAUAGCAUAUAAAAGGCAGUACAGGCCAUUAUUAUUAUUAUUAUUAUUAUUAUUAUUAUUAUUAUUAUUAUUAUUAUUAUUACAAGAGACCAUAAAGAAUAUAUGAUAACUCUUGGACGCCGGUGAUUAUUGGAUAACCUGGUGAAAGUCAGGUCCUUGUCUUCCCACUGUGCUCCAUAUCAACAGCCUUUUUUGUCAGCCUGUUCAGUCCCAUUGGUUGCCUUCUUUAUGGUCCUCCCUUGAGUCAAUCAUGUGCUUUGUGGUGUUCAGGGUCAACAAAAAGGGGAUAUCUGGCACAAAUCCAGCAUUAAUGAGAUUCUUAAUCUGACUGAAAUGAGGCUAAAUUUGUUCUGCAGGAAAGCAUCACAUCCGUAGAGUUCAUUCAGUGAAAAGGUGUCUCUGUUUCUGCUCAGAGUUUUGCAUAGAGGGUGAACAGGACCUAUUGUCAAAGAGACAUGACAUGUCUUGUUAAAUCAGGGUAACUUUAUGAUUUGUAGGAGGCACUGCACAUGUAUACCUUGCAUGCAAUAUUUUUAGACUGACUGAACAAUUGGAGUUUCUGUCUCAAAGAAUCAUAUUUGCAUGGUGUUGGCAAUGCUACUUUUCCUUUCUGUUUUGUGUUAUAAUGGAGUGCAAAAGCACUAAAAUGUUUACACUAUCCUAGACGUGUUGUUUUUUAGAACAAUACAGAUGAAAGUAGCUAAGAUACCCUGGUGGAUUUUUGCACACCAGGCCUGCACUCUAGGCUCAUUGCAUUCUAACAGCUCUUCUUGUGAGCACAGGGAGUUACAGUAGUAUCUCACUGACUUUUAAAAUGAAACACUGUGCAUUUGGUAAUUGCAGCAACAUGCUUCUGAGCUUGAUCUGUAAUGCAAGUUACUGUUUAUAAAAGAAAAUUCAUUCUAUCUAGUUACAAUAUUUUAUCCCGUGAUCCUUCACACAAUAAAUAUUAGAAUAGAAGUAAUAUAAGAUUUAAAAAUGUGCUGUGCAUACUGUCAUGCAGUGUCUAUGAAACAGGCCCCCUGAAGGUAUAAUUAAAACAAAACUUCCUCUUUGGGUACCUUUAAAAGGAAUUAAUGCUGCUGUUUUCUAAGUAGGACACACACACGCACACAUAAAUGCUACCCACUUCUCAUCUUGUAUUUGCCACUGAUUUCACAGGAUAAAACCCAACACUUGAGAUAUUGCACAGUAGGUCAGUUUUCUAAUGUGCUCUUUGCUGCAUAAAUUCACAUCCACUUUGUUUUCUUUUUCCCAAACUGAAGAAGAAGGAUGUAAUUAAGUUUUCCUCCUGCCUAUACAACUUCCAGUUAAAUGGGAGUUCUUUAAAUGAUGCAGUUACAAGAUUGGCUCUGGAGAGGUUACCAUCUUCUACUUGGGCAUUUGUAAGCUGUAGACAAUUAAUGUACAUUAUGAAUAAUGAAAAGAGAAACUGCAUUUAUGCCACUUUUGCUUUAUGGGGGUAGUUUAUCUGGACAUUGAUGCUAUUUUUAUUGUUUAUUAUUUUAUGAGAAAAGCAUGCUGGAUUACCAUUUGUCAGCAUGUGCCCUGUUCCAGUAGGUGCUGUAGAAAUAGAAAGGUGCAGAAUUAGGGCCUGGUUCUACUAAAAUCAGUGAUACAUAUGCUGGUCAAAAUUUCAUGUCAAACCAUUUUUUUUCCCUGUAGAUUUUUGAUGAAGUGGUUCACACAAAAGGCUCUAUUCAUCUCACUUAACCUUGCUGUUUAAAAAAUAGGUUUUUAGAACUGAGCUAGUCAUCAUUUUAGCCAUCUAAAAGUUAGUCAUUGAAGUCUAACACAGUAGCUCAAGGCUUUGUAGUCAACAGAGAUAAAUAUUCUCUUCCUGCAGAGAAUUACAGAUUACAUCCCAACAGAGGCAUCUAUGGACAGCUGAGAUGAACAGCCUUCCUAAAACACCUCUCUCUUUGCACUGAUGAGAGAGAACCUCAAUAGCCCAUUUAAAACAGAUUCCUAACUUUUUGAUGGAUGAAGUUAAAAGAGAUGAAUCACAUGCUCCCCAACCCUCCACUUCUUCAAAUCCUAAAUUCACAAUGAAAUAUUUGGUUAAAAAAUAUUUUUUAGCCACUAGAAUCUUCAUGGCUUUAAGUUUUUACUUGAACUUAUUUUCAACUUCUCCAGCAAUUCUUUUCACAGGCACACAAAUGUGUUUCUAAGUAUUUUGAAUCAGUUCCAGGCUAUGACAAAAUUGCUAGGGAUGUCUGAUAGGACCAAGAUUUCACUUUUUUUUUUUGUACCACUUCACCCAGUUUUCUGUCUUUUUUAUAAUGUGAUCCAACAACAAUUGAUCCUUCAAUGAGUUCUUCUCACAGAGUCCUAUUUUGAAACCCAGGGACUUAAGCUGUUUGGUACAAUCAUGGACCUCAUUUAAAAACCUUUGAAAAUUAUUGAAGCAGAACAAUGAUGUGGGAUGGCAAUGGAAUCAGCUAAUUGUACUGUAUAUAUGAAUCAUUGUAAGAUAUAUUAAAAAAUAAUUAGUACAUCAACAGAUCUGAAUUUGAUGUCUCUGAAGUUGGAUCUUGAAACUAUAAAAGGCUUUUUUAGUUUGUGAGCUGAGGUCAUCCAGGCAAUGUAGGGGAAAUAUUUUGCUACUGAUAGCAUGCUGCUGGUAUUUUCAUGUAUAUACAGAAAAACCUGUACUUUUGAAUACCAGAUAGAUUUUAGUUUUCCCUGUCUCAGGUAAUUUUUUAGAGAAGACUGGAAUUUUAUAAGACUGUUAAUGUCUGUAAAAUCAGCUUUUCUAUACAGUUUACUUCAGUGCCUUGCUUCAGAUCUGUCCAAAGUCAUUGUGUGUAACAGGAUGCUGAGCAUCAGCCGAUUUGUGACACUACAUGAUAUGUUGUGAUAUCGUCCUCUUUUUCCACAAAUUAUUAAUUCAGCUAUUUCAUUCAAUAUAUGUUUGGGCUUUCUGUAAGAUUUUCUACAGGUACUGAAAUAUAUGAAAGUAGUGUACAUGUUUCCACCAUGGGUUUUGUCUUCUUCUUGGCCUGGCACUAGCUGAGUGCCUGUGCAGACAUCAUUAAACUGCUCACACGGGCCAUGCUUUUCACUGACAGCAUACUAUGAAACCAAACUAAAGGUGAAUCCAAAUUAGAAAUGAACCAUUUGGUGUUAUAGGAGUAAGCACAAAGCUCAGCAUAGUGAGAGUUAAUUGCCCAAAUACCACAGUAUUACUGCCAUGAUAAAGUGAGCUGCAGCUGUAAGCUCUAACAGUUAUAAUAUAAUGGUUUGCACAGACUCAGAAAUCUUAUGGACUUGUCAGAAUUGAGAAGGGAGGUUAAAAAGUUGGAGUUCUCAGCACUUUGAAAUAACUGCUUCAAAUAAGCACAGUAACAUUCUCUGGGGGCUAUAAGCUGUUAGUUGCAGCUACCGUGUCACGUUACACACUUCAUCACCUCUUGGUCUUUGUUCUUCACAUUCUAUUUAUAUUUCAAACCUAGGUUUUUGUACUGUCCCUCAAAAAUGCAUUGUCUGAGCAGUGUUCACAUAAAACAGAUUUACAAGGCUAAAACCCUUUGCUGACUUCAUGAAGUUUUCGACUCUUUUCUUGCUUUCAUUUAUGCACCAUAGCAUUUCCUUUUUCACUCUUGUGUCUCUGCUCAGAGUUAGGAGCACAGUGUUGUCACAGGAAUAUAAGGGUCUCAUGACCAUAGAUUAUCAGAACACAGAUAGGCCCAACUGAAUUUCUCAGUGAGUGUAGGGCAUAUAAGCCAAACACAAAUUCAGUGUCUCUGGUCUCUGCCUGCUGCUCUGGGUGAGUAGGUAGUCUAGGCACCUUCACUGAGGAUCACAGAAUUUGGAGACAGGCUUUUGAAAGGCAAGAUUACAGGAAAAAUAAUUGCAGUUCAGUUUAAGGAAAUAAACUAUUUCAGGGACACCACAUUUAUUUAUUUUUAAUUUGUUGUACAAGUUAAUGUCAUAUAUAGUGUGACUUUAGAAAUGGGUUCACUUGGGCAUAAAUAUUAAUGAAUAUUGUAAGUACUCAUCAUAAUCAGAAUAGGACGGCUACUUUACACUCUAAGAUUUUUUUAAGAUCAAAGUCAACCCAGCUAUAGAGACCUGUGUCAAACUGAUCUGUGUUGACAGAGGAAAGCAUAUUUACAAAUGUUGGGUGUGUUCAUUUGAAUUUCUGGAUCUUUUUUAUCUUUUAUUUUUAAUUUUUUUUUUAUUUCAGACUUGUUGGAUCUUUCCUCCUGCUCUGGACCUUUCACCUGGCGUCAGCACAACUCAGAAGGAUGAACGAAAAGGAAGCAAUAGGAGAGGGAUGGAAGAGGGGAGAGGAGUAGAAAGAGGAGGAGGGGCACAAACAAAUAUGGAGAAAAAAUUCCUAGUGAUUCAUUGGCUCCAGAUAAUAGGGAUGUUUUCAAUCCCCACUCUUCCUUACCUUCCCCUCUAGCUCAGGCUUCUCUCCCUCUCUGCUUUAGCUUUCAUCACCUAUACAGAUAUCUAACAAUUUUUCUUUUUAAUUUUAUUGAAAGAAUGAAACCACAACAAUUAAAGUGUUUCAAACAAGAAAAUAUACCUGUCUUCUCACAAAAUAUAACUUGAACAUAUAUUCAUGUAAGUGGUUCUUGAAGUAGGAUUAUUUUCCUCCUAGUAGUCUUACAUCUUUGACUAUGAAAGAAUGAAGUGGUUUAAUAGUUCAGGAGCAAGACAAAGCUUAGAUUUCUUGUUGCUUUUAUACCCAACUUGAACCCUUUAAAUCAGUUUGCACAUGACUGUGUUUUAGUUUUAUUCAUCUGGAUUCAAAACCAGACUUUCUACUGAUCUUUAUUUACUUCUUUUUUACCUCCCCUUCCUUCAGAGCUUUUUUCCAGGGGUCCUUCUUACUCCUUAUCCACUUAGAGAGAGUAUAAAUUAAAAACUAUUCCUAUUCUUUCAUUUAGUUUGAAUUUUGAAGUGUAUUAUUCAGCUUUGUAGUUCAAAUACUUCCACCAGAGUAAAGAAUGCUAUCUGAUAUUUUCCUGUGCAGAGUGACUGUCAGAAAAGAUGCAGGGCCCCCAUGACUCAGUGCUGGUCUGGCUCUUGGCUUGGUCCCAGUGCUGUGUCUUUCUUCCCAGCUGGACGGUAGGCCACUGUGAAGGUGGAGGACUGAAAGAACACUUUGGCUAAGCCUCUUUUCAGUCCUUACAGGUACUUGCUUCCUCUCAGCUGUUCCCACCAGGAAUCCCUUACAUCUCGCAAGGUGGCUUUGGGAGUGUUAAUAGAAAUGGUAGGUUCAGUAACUGGUCUUCCUAAGAAAGUAUUUCCUAAAUCUAGAGCUUAAAUUGGUCCUGUGGCUCCCCUUUACCAAUCUGCCUGAUACAAAAAAGGCAAAGGUUAGCUACUGAGUCGAUGUAAAACAAGACCCAGUUGUAAAUUUGAAGACUUUAUUCUUUAAAUAGGAAAUACUAAGAAUUUCCAAGUCCUUUCUAGAUACUAUGAUCAAUUAAAGAAAUUGAGUAGAGAAAGAUGUUAUAUUUCAAAAUAUUCUAGAGGGAGUAGUAUUUAUUACAGAUGCUGGUGGAAUAGGUCCAGAGCAGAACUAUCAGGUCCCAAAAGGCUGAAAUAAAUGUUAUAUCCUAAAAAGACAUUUAGAAAAAAAUCUAAAUACUAUAGGUCAAAUACAAGCUAUUUAAUAUAUGAAUAAAUAAAAAUUACCUAAACCUGCAAGAAAACAAUUGCUUCUUUCAGGGAUUUUAUAUUUAGGCAUAUGUUAAAUUUUAUUAACAUUUAGGAGAACUUGAUUUUAAAUUUUCUUAAAAGAUGCACUACAAAUAGAUGCAACUGAGUAUUGCCUCAUUAAUUGACAGGAAAUGUUAAAUUUUGUUGCUAUUGAUGUCUGCCUGAUGUAUUGUUUUAUGUGUUUAGAAUUUGAUUGUUUGUGCUCAAUUAACUUGAGUCACACAUUUGAAUAGGAAUAGCAAGUUUCUCUUGUCAGUGAGGUACUCAGAGCCUCUGAACUUGGUAUUUCCAGUCUCUGGGCAGUCUCUAUGAAACGUGGGAGCCCUUUGGAACAACUUGGUGUGAUACCCAGAUCCCCCAGAGACCUGUGCUGAGAGCUGUGACUGUCCCACAGGACAAACAGAAGCUCCUCCAUGCACCACAAUGUGCUUGGCAGUGACCAUGUCCAUCUCCCUGCUAGAACCAGGGAACUACUUUCAACACUUUUGUUUCCUGGGAUUUUUUGAAGUGAAAGAGUUUGUAGAAGCCUUUCCUGGGCCUUCAGAAAGUUAUGGUGUGAGGUACAGCUUACUUGUUUAAAGGCAGGUAGCACUGGUGCAGGCAAGGGAAGACUACCUUAACUUUAGGUAACUUCACUGACAAUACAAUAAAAGUUAAGCAAUUUAAAACUUGUCUUCAACGGCUGUUGAAAUGUGAUGCAAUGUAUCCUUCAUAAUUUAGAGUCAUUGGCAAAAGAAAGAGCCCUGACUUUCUUGCUCCUUUGAGCAGAUAUUCUGAAAACACUGGUGCUGGUGAGCUCAGUUAGACUGCCCACACAAGCAAGAUGAAGGAGCUGUGCAAACAGAUCUGAAGCAAAUGUUUUGCAAAACACAGGUUAACUGAUGAUGUCUUUCUCACUGACUCAAAUCUUUUGCCUAAUCUCAGUCCUACUGUUCUAUCAUCUCUGCCACAAAUAUUAGAUAUUUUAACUUUGUAAUUUACUUUGCAACACGUGUGUGUGCAACAAAAUAAUUUCAUAUUGCAAUUACCAUUUCACUUCAAAAGGUAACUACUGUAUAAUCCAUAAUCAUCAAUUUCUUUUAUGACCAGCUCUUUACUAUUAUGUUUUAUAGCCUUCCAGUGCAUCAGUAAAGUAUCUUUAUAGAAGUAGAGUAAUAGAGCUGGCACCUUUGAUUCUAGGAGCUUCCUAAUGAAAAUUUCAAAAGCCUUGAUCCUUUCCUGAAAGAGUAAUGUUACUUACAUAUAAACUUUAAACUUUAUAAACUCUCUUUCAAAUUAAAUACUUUGUGACCUCUAGAAAGUUAUAUAUCAUGUAUUUAUUGGUAUCAGUUGCUUCAUGUAACGUGUAUGUUUUGAAAUAAAUUGCUUUAUUCUCCUGACGUUAGACUUCACCACUGAAAUUCAAAGAAAGAUUUCCAAAUUAUGACACUUGCCUCUCAACUGCUGCUUACAGAGCAAUAAGCAGUUCUAUCAUCUUUUGAAAACUGAGAGAAUAGUGAAAAUUUUGAAAGUCAAGAGAAUUUUGGCAAUCUCUAGUGAAUAAAGAGUUAAAGGACUGAGUUCAGUACCUUUGUGAAAGUUUUAUUGUGUUUGGAAUGUAGAUUAUUGUGCAUGAUGGCUUAGACAGUCAUCUAUGCAUCUAUAGUAAUUAGUGCAUAUGUUGGCAAUCUCCAUUUGGCCUGGAAAGCAGAAUUGCAGUGAAAACAAGGCUGAAUGAAGGUUGCCAUCUUCAUCAAAAAGAUAGCUCACAUACAAAAGAUGCUCUAAGUAAAUAUACUAAGGAUGAGGCAUACCAGGUGCUCCUUGAACAUAUAAUGUGUAGCUUUCUAUGUGUGGCUUGUAGCAGCUUAGACAAACUGGGAGUCAGGUAUUGCUCUCACUGGCAGUUGUGCAACACUUUGAAUAUUUGUCCACUUGGGUUGUGACAUGAGAGGGUUUUUCAUCUGAGCACGUAAUUUCCUAAAGAUGAGAUAUUGUGCACAAUAUUUUCUCAUGAAAGCACCUUUCUUUUUUUCCCAUGUAUUUUGAUUAGUACAGCACAUACCAUGAUAUGUAGAAGGUGCUCCUAUGUCCCUAUAUCAUGGAUACUCCUGGUCUUUCAAUUAAGCCUAGAACAACUUUGUUAUUGAAUUCAUUGGAAGCAAGAUCAGCCUUCUGUUUUCAGUACAAUAGGGAUACAGUAGGAUUUGUUCUUAAAUGUGGAAUAGGGUAUUAGUGCAAUAGAGUAGAUGCUCUGGUACCUGUUGAAUCAGGGGCUUUGAUGACACUGGAAAAAUUUGCUUUAAUAUAACAAGUUCAGUGCCAUUUUUCCUAUGAAAUUAGUUAGUAUAUAGUUUUUCUGGUACAUAAAAAUUGAAAAAGAGCUGAUAUAAUGGUUCAAAUAGCUCAUUCUGUUUCUGCUGGUAGUAAAGAAUAAGAAAAAGUUAUUUUCAGAAGAAGCUAGUUGGUAUUAGAAUACAUAGAAUACUAGAAUAAUAAUGCAAUUAUAAAUUAGACUGAAAUUUUUAUAGUUAAUUUUACAGUUUAUUUUAUAGUUUAUUAAUAUUAAUAAGUUGAUGCAGGAAUUGAUGCCUUGAGCAAUUAGACAGAUAUCAGGACAGAUCACAUUGUCAUACUAAUCUAUUAAUGAUUCAACUAACAGCAACUUAAUACUCUGUAGGAAAACAAAACCUUAACACAUACUGUAGAAAAUAUGCUUAAAGCAGGAUCACAUUUUUUAUAAUGAAAACAAAAAAAUUGCAAUAUACUUGCAAGAAGGUGAAGUAGGAAUACAUUAUUAGAUCAAUAUUGCAGCUCAUAUAAAACUCCUGAAAUAAUUUAGGUGAUAGGAGCUUAUAAGUUCCUAAAUUCUUGCAUUUUCUAACUGUUUUGCUUGACUUUGCCAACUUACUUAUCUUUUUCCAAUACAGUGUUUUUUGAAUGUGUAUGUCUACAGUAUAUAUUUACUCUGUUGAGGGAGAUUAUAUGUCUAGACAAAUAUAUUUGAAGUUUCAUUUUGAAAUAUGUAAUAAUAGUAGCAUAAAAAUACAACUAUUUAUGAAAAUUGCUUUUGCAGUAUUGCCUUGUAACUUCCUAUUGAAGCUAUAAAUUUGAACCAUAUUUUCUAUUUGCACCAAUGCAUGAGGAAGUAUCAGAAUAAGAUUUUAAAUUAGAAGCAUGCUUUAAUGAACAAAACACAUCACUCAAGCUUGGUUGUAUCUGUAUCCCAGCAGAAACUCUGGAAAGAAGUCCUGUGGUUUCUGUGACAUUCAGCUUCCCAUAUAUGUUCACGUAUUUCAUUGAGAACAGUAACUUUUCUAUAGGCAUUUAUUAUAUUGGGCAAAUUUCAUCCAAGAUUUUUAAGACCUUACAAAUGCUUAGCAUUUAAGUAAUGAUGGGAAGGAAAAACUUUAUUGAUUUGUGUAGCCAAAGUGCAGAGGACUCCAGCAAUGGAAGUGAAAUUAACAGCUUAUUAAAACCAUAGAGGAUGAGCUCCAACCUCAAAUCCACAUGAUUUAUAUGCAGAUUUCAACCCACCAUUAGUGUUCAAGAUUCUGCACUAGAGUAUGUAUUCAUUCAUAACAAUUAUUUUUUUUCAAAACAAUACACACAAUGUAAAUAUUUAAAUGCUUUUCAAUGUGAAAUCUUCUAAAGUAUUUGCAUGCAUUAUCCCAUGAACUCAUUCAGUCAGAUCCUAUGACUAGCAGUAUAUUGAAAAUGUAAUCAGUGAAAAGAUCCUUAUGGAUUUUAAAAUAUUCUUUCUAUUAACAUUUUUUUGUUUCAUUCUUAUGGUAUAUAAGACUUCUGUUAUACUUGAGGCACUAUAUCAUUGUUCUUGUAUUCUUUUUGUAAGGCCCCAGAAAGUUCUUUAUCUUGGAAGGUUUUUUUAUGUAUCUGUCUUCUUCAACACCUUUUAAUAAAACUCAAUCCAGAAGGAAAGGAGAAACAAAAGGGGGGAAAAGGGCCUUUAUUAAUACAAUAAUAAGAGCAUGUUUCAGAGCAGGUGAAGUAGAAAGAGACAUCAAGGCCAAGUUAACAAAUAGUGAACUCAUCACAGUGAAGUCUUCAAGAAACUCCAUUUUGUAGGCAAAAAUUUAAAAUUGCAUGCAGCUAAUUUUGGUUUUUAAAUUAGCUGACUUUCAUAAAGUAGUUAUGUUCCAAGUGACAUCUAUGAGAUUAAAGAGGUUAAAGAGAAUCUAUGAGAAGCUGUUGAAGUCAUUCCUUCAUAUACUACAUUUUUUAUAUAUAUACAUAAGUAUAUAUUAAAUCCUACAUAUUACAUGACCUUAUCUUUUAUGAUACGUAGUGUCAGAUAAGAUACAAGUUUCUGCUUAAGACAGAUAAAGUUCUUGGUGGUUUUUUUUUUAAACAAAUCCCACAUAUUAGACUACAAUUGAAUCAUUAAAAAUGAAGGUAGUUGUUUUCACAAUCCAAAAUUAAAGAAAAUAAUUUUCUUUCAGCGAAACCAAAUGUGAGUUAACAUAAAUUAAUGGAAAAAUAGUGCUUGAGCUAGUGUGGCUUAAGUACAUAAUUUUAUUUGCAUAUUUAGUCUCAACCUGGCUGGUACAAAGCUUGCAAGUUCUGUGGUGUGGUAGGGGGUGAUAUGGCUUUUGGCUUUGGUUCAGAUCCCCCUUGGUUGUGCAGGUAAGUAUCCAUCGACCUCCAAAAUACACAUAUUUUCAAGGUCUCUAAUUGUAAGUUUAUACUUAAUAUGAUCACAUAAUUAAAUUAAGUCAGAUCCUACAAUUCACUUGUUUGUCUCAGAAUAAUGGAUAUUUUGAGGACAAAAAUAACUAUGAAGUUGAAAUGCAAGUGUUUCACCUUGGUGAAAAAUACUCUUCUUACUCUAUUCUGCAAUAUUAUACUGAAAAAUGCUGUAGUAUCAGAUAAGAUAAAGUGUAAUUUCUUGAAAAUCAGUAUUGCUGUUUUCUGUAGUCAGAUUCCAAACCAAUUACUAAAGUCAAACUUAACUAGCUAGUAAUAUGUUUUGAGAGUCUUAAUUCAACUGGCUGCUAUAGAAGGAAAUCUAUGAUUGCCAUUUUUUGGCAUCCAUAAUUGUAUGACAAUCAUAGCCAAAAUUUUAUCACAUUUAGGGGGUGCAGUUUAGAAAACCAACUUAGUGCAACAUAAAUUAAGACAGAAUUCUGUAAAUUUCUCUUUCAUAAGCACUUAAAGGAAUCUUGCCAUCAUCUAAAUUUUUAUUUACCCACUUGUGCUUUGCCAAAUCCCAACACAAGGCAUUUUCCCCAUAUUACUAAUAAAACUGCUUAUAAAUUAGAGUAUUAUGGAUUUUGGUGAUAUUGUGCAUCUAGUGUGAUAAAAAGGAUCCUAAUGCAAACCAGUUAUUUUCAAACACAUUACAAAAAAAUUGAUUUCUAUAUUUAGGUUUACAAUGUUUCUUUUUUAUUUUAGGUAAUAAUCUUAAUGGAAUUAAAAAAAAUACAAAUUUAUUUAGAAAAAUUAAUGAUAAGAAGUUUUCUUGUACUCAACAGAAGGCAGGGAAUGGGAGAGAACUUUGUCAUUCAGUUUCUAGGCUCCAUCUCCAUUUAGGCAACAUUUUUCCUGAAAAUCACCUUUUUUUUUUUUUUUUUUUUUUUUUUUUUGAGGGCAUAUCAACAAUGACUCAUGCGGAACCUCUGCCUCCUCCAGCUUCAAUGUCUCUGAUAUCUUGUGGACCUUUUAUGACUUUCAGAAGUCUCUGGAUAUGCUUAAUUAUGUCAAACUCAGUGCUGGGCUAGGGUGGACCUGAAACUCUUCUUUUCUGUGCAGUCCUCUGUAAAAUCUUCUGUUUAAACAAGUGCUCCCUAAACCCCUUUUCAGAUGAUCAGCUUUUUGGGCUGUGGGCACAAUUUCUUCAGUGGGAAGUUACAGCAUAAAGAAAGAAUAUCCUGUUGCAUUAAACUGGAACAAAGGGCAUUUGUUAGAAAAGAGGAGACUGGCAACACCUGUAUCUCUUACUGAACAUAUAUUAAUUCAUCUGGUGGGGCCUUUCCUAUUAGUAUCUUUCCCAUGAUCAUUAGAGAUGAAUGUGGUACUGAUUGCACUUUGGAAAUAAGCACUAGCAUUACUUACUUUCAUAUUUGUUUUAAAGCACAAAAUACAAAAAAACAAAACACCCCAAAUGUUGAAGUGCAGACAAGGCUUAUCAUAUUUCCUUUGGAAAAAGCUGAGAAUAUUAAAAUAAUUUUCCUGUUGAUGUAAAUUGCCCAUUUCUUAUGACUUAUUUCUUCUACAUAUGUGCAAUACAAUUAACCUUCUUUGGGUUAAAUGGAAUAAUAUAGUUAAUUUUACUCACGGAUUUCAAUCUUUGACUACUGAUGAGAGUAUAGUCCCAUCUUACGGAACACGCUGGAGACUUGACUCCAGAAAAUAUGUAGAAGAAUGGCAUGUGAUAGAAAAAACCCUUGUAGAAGCUGCAAAGAUAAUGGGCAGUGAAAGGAGCAUAGUAUCUAGUGGCAGGAUGUUUAUUCCCAACAGAAACAGCUGAUGCCUAGAUCUUCACUAAAAUUCCCUUCUAGUUUCCUUUUUUUCUCUCUAAGAUUUCAGUUUCACAUGCAAAUUCCUUCUGUCCCUCUACAUAGCUAGUGACAUAUCUAAAAGAUUUUCACUGAUCCCUUAUAUUAUAUAAUUGUUCAGGUUAGAAAAGAUCUUUUAAAAUAUUCAAGUCCAGCUCUUAACCCAACACUGCUGUGUUCACUACGAAACCACAUCACCAAGUGCCUCAUCCACAUGUUUUUUGAACACCUAAAUAAAAUACAAAUAAUUCCAUAAGCAAAAAAUAAAAGGCAAGGAGUCUACCCAAGGCUAAUGGUUAUUUGAAGUUAUGGUAACAUUUAAAAAAAAACCUGUGACCUGGAUAUUUCUGGGCAUGGUGACCAAUAUUUGCAGCUGAUAUAAGCUGGUAGGAUGUCUCCACUAAAUCAAUGGAGAAUUAUUUACUUGGUUGUACUCUCAUAAGUUUUUCACAGCAAAUGUGAUGAGAUUUACUCCUUUUCAGUGGUAAAUUCUGCAAAACAGGAUGAUUAGUUCUAUACUGGGAAGGUCAUUUCAGUCUUAUUUCAGAAUAACUAAUGGAGCUUUGAAAAUGUCAAAGUAAUGCAUGUGUGUGGCGUAUGCAGAUGGUAGGAGAAAAUGCUAUGCACAUGAAACCCAAGCACAGAAAUUAUAAACUCGAAACUGUCUUUUCAGUGGAAGCUAUUUAGCUCUAGAGGCUCUCCUUUGCAUUUUGAGAGGAUUUAUAAGAAUGCAUUAUUCAUAGUGAAACAACAGUUAGAAAGUCAGUUGUUUCUGAUGGAAGGUGGUGGACACAAGCUUGCAUAUUUUUUAGCCUUUCAUGUUACUACUGCAGAAAAAUCUGUGUUGUGCCUUGAAUACAGUAUUGAUUAUAGUCAAUCAGGCAUUUUAAAUAGAUUAAGAUAUGCCCUACUUAGCAAAAACUGCAUUGACAAAGACAGUGUAUUACUGAAUCCUAGAAAUUUUGGCAUUAUUUAGGCCUGAUGAGGUCUUAAAUGUAAAGGAUUAGUGUGGUAUUAUUCAAUAACCUCUUUUAGACUGAUUAUUAGAGAUAAAAUGGAGCAUGUUAUUAAGUCUUGAGAAGGGUUAAAUAAUAUAAGAGUUUAAGUGGUACAGUCAUCAGCUGUUCAGCUGUCUAAACAACAUUUUUCUGACUGUUUUGCUUUGGAUCAAGAAUUGUGAUUUGUUCUGGGAAAUAUGCUUUGGAGACCGCAUGUCUGAAAGGGGUUAAAAGACCAUGCCAUGUGAGAUACAAUCUUAACUCUAGGAUCAGAUCUUUUGAGAAAAAAAAUAUGGAGUCUUUCUCUGUUGAUAAAGAGAAAAAUAUCCAUAGGUUAAAAAGUCAUUAUUGUAACACCUUUUUUUUCCUUUUUUUUUGUUUUAUAGCCAAUAUUUUUUUUUCAUUGGUAUGCGUAAUGAGCCAUAGUUAAUAUAUGGUACUGAAGUAAGUAUCUCUGAAAGUCAGCUUUUCAGUAUGAAAGAAAGGGGGCAGGUGGAUAAUUAACAUAUAUUUCCAGAUUUUACCCCUUGUAUAUGUAUGUUUAAAGUACCCGAGCCUCAGCUGUCACCUCAUGGAUGGAGUAUAAAUGAUAAAAUGGGAAGAUAUUGUUUUGCUUUUGACCUUGAGGUGUGGGUAUUAUACCCCAGAGUGUUUCUCCCUCUUUUUCUAGUUAUUCUAUUUAUUUAGCUAGUUGGAAGUACAGACACACUUAUUGAUGUAAGGUAUCAUAAUGAAACUGCAAUUAUAAAAGAGGACCUGUGCAGCAGGAAAUGGGAAUAAGACAGCUUCCUUAUACCUUGUUAGGGAGUUGUACUUGUUAGGGAGUGCCUACACUGCUGGCAGCUCAUUCAAGACUGAUGAAUACAGAUCUUUGAGAUGAUACUGUAAUAUCUCUGAAAACAAUAGCACAAAGGAAAAAUUUGAAUUUGAAUAACUACAGUGCAGAAGCUUUGUGAAUGUGAAUAGGAAAAUAUAAUGGACAAAUAUUUUUACACCAAGUGUCGGACCCCAGGACACCCCUCUGGGUGCCCUGGAUGGCCUGAGAUCCUAGCAUGCAGCCAAAGACACGUGGGAUUUUGAUCAUAGCCCAUGGAGCAAAUUACCAACUUUGUAUGAAGAAUUACAAGUCACAAAAGUUUAGAUAGCACAGUAGUAGUGAUCACAGGGUGAAGGGAAAAAUUUUAGGAUUUUGUACAUGGAGGUUUGGGACUUUGUACAUGGGUGUCUGAGGCUCUAAGAUGGAGGAAUCAGGGCAUGCCCUGUCCUUCUUCCUUCUUCUUCCUGGCCUCCAUGUUUUGGGUGAUGUUGGUACUUUUAGGUUGGUUUAGAAUAUUAGCUGACUGUCUAACAUAAGUGAUAGGUAUUGCAACAGAAUUGUAAAUAUAGUACACGUAGUUAUUAGUAUAAAAGAUAGUGCCAGCCUCGUGGGCGGGGAGAGUGUGCCUUUGGCUGACCUGCUGAACAGAUCGUGGCAGGCCAGACAGAAAAUGUUAUAGGUAACAAUUAAUAAACAACCUUGAGAACGACACCUGAAGACUUCUGACUCCUUCUUGGACAGCUGGGCUGGAAAAAAGACCUUUUAACACAUCUGGGGGUCGCCCUGAUAGCGGAGACUCCCAGAACCAGGUUUUAUUCAGCUUCAUUUGAAUGCAUUUCUGAGGCCCGGGGAAGCUGCCCUUUGUAAAGGACCUAUGACCUUGGAGAGCUGAAUCAGAGGCAUCUGUCAACUUUCUUCUCACUCUUGUGAUUCUUCAGAUUAGCAGCUGUUUUGAUUUGUGCUAAUGGCUCCUAAAAAAAGAAUUUUUAGGGAUGAAUUCUCAAAGUACAGGACAUUCUGAUAGUAAUUUUUCAGAGUCCUUGCAAGUACCAUUAGGUAGAGGAUUAAGAUAGCUGCUGGUAGGUGCUAUUAAUACUUUCAUAUUGGCAGGAUCCUUAAAUGUCUUAAAAGGCAGCUUUUCCUAAACUCUCUUCAAUGCUAGAAAAAGGCAUGUUUGUUGCCAGAAUGUGGCUCUUAGUCAGUCUUUGAAAAUCUUUGAGAUUUUAUUAUCAAAAUGUUACACUGGAAGAAUCUGCCUCUCUGUGACAAUUCAAAAGUAAAUGGUCUACAGUCAGGCUACAGAAUAAUGAUGUUAGUAUGGGAUUAAUACAACUUGUGGGUGACAGUAUAGUGGUAUAAACAUUCCCUGUUGUUCUUUUAAAUGUUUAAGAAAAGGUGCACAAGAGGUCCUUGUGUGUUUCCAAUGACUACUCCUUAGUUGCUUCACCAAUGAAGAGACACCUAGCAGAGGAUCCAAAAUUUGGAUUCACUGAUUUUGUCAUGAGAGUUUCUGUAAACAGUGUCUUUAAAGAUGAUUCGCUAGAGUUUUCAAUCAAUCUAAAACUUGAAUGCAAACCCCAUUCUGUGUUUACUACUCUUAGUUUUCACUAGGGACAGAGCUGGAUUUGCAUCUCAGUCUACAUCUAUUGACUCUCCUGGUCGUUCUAAUGCCUUUGAACUGUGCCUUUCUUUGCCAUGGUUUUGUUUGUUUGUUUGUUUGUUUGUUUGUUUUUCAUGCCUGAAAUGGGAAUAAACCUCCAGUAAAGCCCUCCAUCAUCAAAAUUUCUUGCUUGUGAUUCAUAGGUUGUUACCUGUUAUUCUAAGAUUUAAAAGCAAAUGUUUUAAUAUCUGUGCUUUCAACCACUGCCACAAAGUUGUUCACAGAUAUUUUGAAAAGGUAACCUCCAAUAUUAGUAAACGUUUUAAAUCUAUUCUGGAUGUUUUGCUCAGCCAAAGGUCACUCAAACUGAUAGGAAGAGAAAAUAAAGGGCUGGAACAUGCAGAAUAACUGAUUUCUCUACUCUGUGUUUCAUUUUUGGUAAAUUACUUAUAGGUAGCAAUAUUGCCUAUUUUACAUUGAUGAAUAUGUGCUCUGAAAGAGAGGGAAAAGAAGCUUUUUCUUCUGGAAAAACACAUUAACUGGUUGAGACUUGGGGGAGCUGAGUGGUUUAAAUAAAUAGGCAGUGGUCUCUGUAAGGAUGAAAUUUUCUUCUGUACAGCUAAGAGCUUUUCUUUGGUAGAAUGUGACAAAAGACAGGCUUGGAAAUGAAUCAAAGGUAGGUUCUGCUCAUGCUGGGCCCAUGUCUGAAAUUGCCUCACAUCAGCCAAAAGGGAGACUACUCUCCCUGUGUAAGGAUGGUUGGAUUGGUCUAAUUAGGAAAAAACACAAUGACAAGCAACCAAAAUUUUCCUACGUCCAUAUUUAACCAAAAAUACUAAACAAUAAACUUCUUUUUGUCACUGGAAAUAUUUUGUUAUGAGAUGAUGGUUCAUCAUUGAUCUUCACUCUCUGCUGAUGGAACAGCUCUCUUGGGAGGCAAAUAUAAUCAAUAUGUAUCUUAUCUGUUUGACAAGAGAGAAAAAAAUCAAGAAACAGACUUCAACUUCUGUUUCAAUGAUUUAAAGCACAUUUUCUAAUUUUUAAUUUGAAAAAUCUGUUUGUAAAUCUAGUCUAGAAAAAUGCUGUUUUUAUAAGCUUCAGGAACAUGUUUCAUUUGGAAUGAAUGAAUUAUUUCUUGCCAGAAGACAGCUGUAAAUACAUAAAAUGUUCAAGCUUUUUGAGGCUUGGCUCAAAUGCCAGCACAAAAUCAAUGACAAAAAUCAAUGUCUUAUAUGUGCAAUACUUUACUUAAUCAUUAAAAAAAAUUAUUUCAAGAGCCAGAUCCAGAGGAAAUUUUCAGAAAUAGCUUAGCUCCUAUAGAGUCCUAUUGAUUUACUCCCAUGCUAGUUCUGGCCCACUGUGGAAACUAAAUUUAAUAUAACUGUAUCUUUUAAUGUAUUUAUUCAUUAGGGCUGAACAUCAUUGCAUUUUACACCACCACAAAAUUGGAUUAUGUUUGUGGCAAAUUCUUUACAUACACAGAAUCUGUAGUUGUGUCUGACAUGGAACAAAAUUGCACUUGACAUUUAUAAGCUUAGGACUGAGUUUUCCAUUUCAUUUUGUGUCAUUUAUAAAAGAAGUUCAUUGCUUAAAUUGCACUGAUGAUUAUAACUAGUAAUUUGCAUGAAUGAUUAGGAUAUCUGUUGUGAAUUAGGGAUUCUGAAUGAAAUUUACAGCAAGUAUGAUCUUUCAGAAAUUUGCUGCUGAUUUGAUAUAGAUUGUUUAGAUUUAUCAAAGUAGCAUAAACUAGUUAGUAUCUUGGUUUAAAUAUUUUGUAAAGCUAUAUUAGGAAACCACAGAACUACUAGUAGACAUCACUACAUCUCUUUGCCAUUGAAAUACAAACAGUAAAUAGAGUGGACUGUUUAGAAAACAGUUUCUUAAACUUAAUUUGGUGUGUCCUGUGGUUACCCAUCCAUACUAUUGUAGCACUGGGUUUAUUAGGUGGUGCAAAUGCUGUGCAUUGCAGUGCUGGGUAUGGAAUGAACUGCAGAGUAAAUUUUCUGCUAUAGGUGAAGAGUAGGACUUUCAGAAAUUAAAUUAAUAAAAAACUGUGAUGCUAUUGACUUGUCCUGCUGCUGACUGUGCUCAUCAUCUCUAAAAAAUCAGGAAAUAAGUCAACGUUAAAAUAUGUUACCUUAUAAAACCAAUCGUGUUUGUAUUAUUUUAUUAGUAUUAUUGUACUUUCUCAGUUCCUGACAUCAUGCAUUUGAAAAUCUUUACUUAAUACUUUAUCAAGGUAAUUCCUCUCAUUUAAUAUCAGUCAGCCCAAUCCUCAUGAAAAAUAUCCAUUUAGCUAAGUAGUAAUUUUCAGCCAACUAAAAAAAAUGCAGGCUGCAUCAUGUAUGCCUUUUUUCCUUUUUGGAGGACUGUACAUUUUUAAGGUAAGUAACCUGACUUUUGCCAUCUCUUUAAUUGUUAUACUGUUUCCUCUGGGUAAUAACUAAUACUUCCUUUAAUUUGUUUUCUGUCUGUGACACCUCAUGUUUUAUACAUUUCUAUAACCUGUAUUUAAUAACUAGAUCUAUUAUUGUACAGAAUAAAUUAAUUAGAUCAUAAAGCAGUUAAUACCAUUGGGCGAGAAAGCUGAAGCAAGGUAAUUUAUCCUGCAUAAAAAGGAGUCAUGAAUCAUGGCUGGCUGCUGUUUGUGCACAAGUAGUUAAUGUGGAUUUCCAUACUUAAAAUAUAAAGUUGUCUUAUGAUGAGUUUUGUCAUAUUUUUGAGGAAAAAAUAAUGUGAAUAAUACAAGAAAAAUUGUGUCUAUUCUUCCAUUUUUAAAGCUCAUUGAUUACAUAAUGAAACUAAUCUGAGGAUCAGACAUCACAUGUUAAGGCAUAGUCUUUUUGAGGUCUCUUCUGAUUUACUUUCAUAAUUCUGUAAUUAAAUUGAGGAAAUGAAUAAUACAAUGCAUUUUCAGGUUUGUGAAAUAUUAUAGGCAGCCCCUUUAAAAUUCAACAUUAUAUGAAUAGAUUAUAUUUUAUCUGUUAUAUAUUUGUCUAUGCUGUUUAUUACUCCUUUCUGUCCUUUUGGGAUCACACAAUUUUGUAAGAGAUUGGAAAUACAGAAUGUUAUCAAUGUUAGUUGUUUCAUUUCAUAACAGCAACAAUACCAGCCAAUAUCUCAUUCAGGAAUUUAAGACAACAUUAAUUAAAUUCUGCCAUCAAAAAAUAUGAGUAUUUCUCAGCAAGGAAAAAAUUAAUUUGUGAUUAUUAAGUACUGAAACUCUGUUAUUAGAAAUUUAUCAUUCAUGGUAAUGUCUAAUUCUGUUAUGCCUUUGAACAGCAUUACCAUGUUGUAAUAAAUAAAUGAAUAUAUAUCAUGGACAGGCCUUUUGUUGUUAUUUAUAUUUAAAGCUUGGAGUAUAGUUAUAGGGGGUUUUGUUCCAUUUGAAGUAAUGGAACUUCAUUCAUUAAUGUUAUAUUUGGAUUCAUUGUAGGGGAAAUAGUUUCUUUGUAGUUAUCUAAUGAAGAUUAUACAGUGACUGUAAAUUACCCUUAAAAAUGGAGAAUAUACAAAAACCAGUUUGAAAACUGAGGAAGAAAUGUAAUACCAGUCAUAAUAGGAAGUCAUGUAAUAGGAAGUCAAUGUAAUACCAGUCAUAAUAGGACCAGUUUGAAAACUGAGGAAGAAAUGAAACACCAGUAAUACCAGUCAUUUGCUUCAUACCUGGCAUUCAUUCACGACAGUUGAGUGUGAAAUUUGUGUAAAAGGGCAUAUGGUUAUCUUCACACUCCUUGAAGUGUUUCUCUGUGCCAGAGGGCUGUUCAAAAAUUCCUUUUGCUGCCAGUAGCCAAGGAGUUAUUACCACAUUCGGAAACUGCCAGGAAAGCUGGGUCCUGUCCUAUUUCCCCUGGCCAUUCUUUGUACUACUUGUGAGAGUGGAAAAUUGUAUCCCCCACUGCACCAGCUCAGCAUCACUGCAGGAUCUCUCCACACUGUGCUCAUAACCCCUGCGUCCUGCUUUCUGCUGUUGGCAUGCUGUGAAGCUCAGGAGCCUAGCUGGUGGAUGUAUGUGAACAUUUACUCACAGCUGUAAAAUAAGCCUUGUAGAUACAAGUGUUAGACAUGACAGAAAGAGAGAGAGAAAGAGUAAAUCCUCAUUCUGGGUUAGUUAAAAAAAAAGCUUUUUGUUAACAUCUGAGAGCCCAUGGUUUUGGCUGCGUUGCAAUGAUCUUCCUGCCUGAAGCUGCUUCUUUUCUAGACAGACUUAUACCAGGAUCAGUAUAUGUAGCAAGAGAUCCACUGGCCAAAUUAAUUUUUCUUAUGCCAAACUAAAAUAAACAAGAAUGGCCAUAAUUCUUACAAAGUAGAAUUUUGGGAAUGACAUAAUGUCUCAAGAAUAAUUGCUACAGCUCUCUCAAAAUACGUGGCUUUGUAAAGACGGAACAUUUUUCACAUAGCUGUACUGAGCUAAUCACCAUUCUCUUUACAGCUAUAAAGAUUCGCAUUGUCUUGCUCACAUCUGUGUUUUCUGAAGCACAGCAUUCUUAUGGUCUUCUAAGAACUGGGGUAGUAAUACAGCAUUGCAUUUCAGUAGUUGAGAAAGAUGAGUCUCAAGCCUAGAAUGAAAUUCCCUUUACUUUUACAUAGAGAUUUGACUGAUGUAUGGAAUAACCUGUAUUUGAUGAAACUGCUCUUCAAGAGGGAGUGGGACAGACUGCACAGUGGAUUUUUUGGCCAUAAAGUCAGCUUGAUGAAGGCAAGGUUUAAAGCCACGUGAUCCAACCAUGACUGGCAAAACGCAGACCAGCAAUGUCACCAAUAAGAACGACCCAAAGUCCAUCAACUCCAGAGUUUUCAUCGGUAAUCUGAACACAGCUAUUGUCAAAAAAGGUGACAUCGAAGCAAUCUUUGCAAAGUACGGGAAGAUCGUGGGCUGCUCGGUGCACAAAGGUUAUGCCUUCGUACAGUACAUGAGCGAGAGGCACGCGAGGGCUGCGGUGGCAGGAGAGAAUGCCAGGAUCAUUGCAGGGCAGCCAUUAGAUAUCAACAUGGCAGGAGAACCAAAACCAUACAGACCAAAACCUGGCAACAAGCGGCCACUUUCAGCACUUUAUAGACUUGAAUCAAAGGAGCCUUUCCUGUCCGUUGGUGGUUAUGUCUUUGAUUAUGAUUACUACAGAGAUGAUUUCUACAAUCGGUUGUUUGAUUACCAUGGCCGUGUCCCUCCACCACCCCGUGCAGUGAUUCCACUCAAACGUCCUCGUGUGGCUGUGACAACAACUCGUAGAGGCAAAGGGGUUUUCUCCAUGAAGGGAGCAUCACGGUCCACUUCAAGUGGGGCUUCUUCCUCAGGAUCCAAAUCACCCACCCGUCUUCCCCUGCCCCUUAUGUGGAGUGAUACUGUCCUUGGAAGCGUCACUAGAAGAGGAAGAGAAAGAUCAGUGAAAUCAGAUGAGUUGCAAACAAUCAAGAAAGAAUUAACUCAAAUCAAAACAAAAAUUGACUCCUUGUUAGGGAGACUGGAAAAGAUUGAAAAGCAGCAAAAAGCUGAAGCAGAAGCCCAAAAGAAACAAAUGGAAGAUAAUGCUGAUUUGAUUCAAGAGGAAUGCAUAUCAGAGAAUGCAGAUAACUCUACGGAAGAGCCAAUUGAAGGAGGGCCAGAUGCAGAUGGGGAUGGAGAAGAUAUGACUGAUGGGAUAGAGGAGGAUUUUGAUGAGGAUGGCAGCAAUGAGCUGUUUCUACAGAUCAAGUGAUGAAAUGUCAUGUGUGAACCCCCUGAAGGCUGAGAAGAGAAACUCUGACUUCCCCACAGAAAAUUGAGAACUGCAGUUUCUUACUGGCUGACAACAACUUUGACUCAAUUUGUAUGAAACUCAAUUUACUUAUUAAAAUGGACAUUAUUGUUCAAAUAUUAGAAACUCCAUUUCUUAUAUGUUCUAAGCUGUACAAUUGUCAGAUUUUUAUGGUUUAGAUUGUAAAUGUGGUUUUCUCUGGCUAAUUAUUGGUAUUAUUUUUUUAAUUUUGAUGUCUUAAAGGCCAAUGUACUGUAUCAUAAUAAUAUGAAGGACGUAUUUAACAGGUGUGGAAAACACUGUAUACAAAUGUAUAUUUCUAAAAGCUAUUUUUAUGAUUAGCACAUAUUACGGUUUUACCAUAUUUAGACUCAGUUGAUAUUGCACUUCUUUGUUUACCACUUAGUUCAAACAAGACCAUUUUUAUCAGUGCCAUAGUUAAAUACAUUGUAUGGUAUUUUCCAUUAUUUUAUUCAAUUUAUUUGUCAUUGGAAAUAAUUGCAUUUGGUAAUAGAAUAGCUUCUAAAAAGUGAAAAUGUCAAAAUAAGACAGCAAUCCUUGAUAAACUGUAAAUUGCAUCCUCCUGUAAAUGCCCUUCUUCAGAUAAGUCCUCUCUGUGAUGCCAUUCAUCAGACAGUUGUUACAGCUGUUCUUGCAAAUCUUUAAAGGCAGUUUGUUGCUACCAUGGAAAGUCAGUCAGCCUCCUGUCUAGCCAGAAAAAGUACUUAUAGUCUGCCAAUACCUGACAGCCUGAGUUAGCCUACUUAUUACUUUUUGGGUUCUUUUCUGGCAGUAAUCUUUCCACCCACAAACUCCUAAGGCCCUCAUUAAAUCCUGAAGUUGGAAUAAUUAAUUAUUACAGACAUAGGGGGAAACUCAGUAUAGAAUUUCUUAAAAAAUCAUAUUUCCUUUCAAACA